UUGAAUCUGAAUCAAAAACUUUGCUUAGGCUUCUUUUCCUUCCCCGCAUUUCUUUCUUCUUCUGAACCUGUGAUCUUUCUUUUCUUUUCUUUCUCUCCUUUCUCUUAUAACAAAACAUGGCUUACAGAAGAAGGCAGGGUCCAAAGUCUUCAACCUUUGAGGAAGAGAUUCCUCAAUCUCAAUCAUCAUUACCUGAAAACAAUGAAAUCAAGAAUGAUUUUUCAUCGUCGUCGUCAUCUGUUGUUGCUCAAGCCAAGGCCUCCGCCUCUGGCGGCCACGCCUUCGACCCUGCCUCUGAUCAUCACAAAUCCAAGAAUGAUGAUGGUGACUCAAAGACUGGCUUCUGGGGUGUCUUGGCUCAGAGAGCCAAAUCAAUUAUUGAUGAUGAUAUUAACACUGUUCCAUAUCCAUAUUCAUCAUCACAUGCCACUAUGCCACAAAAAUUCAGAUCAUACCCAUUCAGUAAUACAGGUGCUCCAGAAUCUCAGUCAAAGCCGUCAUAUCAACAACAUGAAUCUCAUAAUUUAGGGGACAACCCUACAAUUAGGAAGGGAUUGGAGGCAAUCACUAGUUCCCUUAAUCACUUAGGUGACACCUUUGAGAAGGCUUUUGAGGAAGGCCGAAUGAUCGUGGAGAGCAAGACAGCAGAACUGAAGACUCAAAUCCGGCUUAAAGGAAGUCACGAGGACAAUGAAUCACAACUCAAGGCAUCUCGAGAAGUGGCAAUGGCAACGGCUGCCAAAGCAAAACUACUUCUUCGCGAGCUAAAAACUGUUAAAGCAGAUUUGGCUUUUGCGAAAGCCAGGUGUUCUCAACUAGAAGAAGAAAAUAAAAUGCUCCGCGACCGCGAUACCACUACCACUAAGGGACAGAACCGUGAAGAUGAUGAUAUGGUAUUGAUUCGGUUUCAACUGGAGACGCUUCUUGCCGAGAAGACUCGCUUGGCAGGCGAGAAUGAGGUAUAUGCUAGGGAAAACCGUUUCCUAAGGGAGAUUGUGGAGUAUCAUCAGCUGACAAUGCAGGAUGUAGUGUACCUGGAUGAUGGCAUCGCCGAAGUCCCAGAGGUUUAUGACAGCUCGAGUGGGGUGUCCCGGAUAACAUCUUUCAACCCAUCACCAUCAGAAUCACCUCUUCGAGUGGUUAUUCGGAACUCAGAAAGUUCACCUAUUCUCCCAAACGAGAUGUUAACUGUGAUAGAGAAAGAUAGUAAGAGUGCAUCAGAAAAUGAGGCUCCUCUUCCUAGUGUCUCAGCUUCUCCAAAGUGAUAUAUCUGUUCUUCAAACAAUAGCAUUUAGUUUAGAUGGGGUUCUUCUUGUUUAGAAGCAAGGAAAAUGCAUGUUUUUCUCUUUUGUAGCAUUUAUUAAUUUGUUUCUAUUUUUUACCACUGUGAGGAAGAGGCUGGGUGAUAUUUCAAGAAACUACACAUUUAUUUAUUUAUUUAUUUUUGUGUGACUUAUGUUCAUGUUUUUUGAUUGUAU